GCGGUAUCGCAACAAGCGGCGGCUGCUUCGCCAUAAGUUACAGCUGACGGUUCUCCAAGCACUCGUGUGUGGUGUGCCUGCCGGCAUGAAAGCCCACAGCCCUGCGGCGCCCACGCUCCGACAUGACGCUGUGCGAGCUCAUGGCCCCGCGACACCCACGCUACAACCUGACGCUGUGCAAGCUACCUCUGCUGCGGAUGUUUUCUGCGACACGCUACAGCAGUUUCUGCCAGGCUCCGCUCUCAAUGUGGCGGUCUACUGGAGACACUGGGUCUCCUGUGACUGUGCGACCCCCAAAUAUCGGCUUCGCAACCUUUUCCCCAUCCCUAAAUUGGCUGCUUGGCCAGAUCAGGUGGAGAGGGGCGAUAUUCGCGUGGAGACGUGCAUGGCUGUCAGCAACUUCUGUCUAGCAGCUUUCAACUGUCUGGAGCAAGGCCUCAAAGCUGCGACGGCUUCACAGUCUUUUCCUGCGAGAGCUACAGCUGCGCAGAGUUCAGUUCAGCUCCAUGUGGCAGACAGGGUGGUGCGAUACCUCGCCCGCCUGAAUAAGUUUUUCGGGCACACGUUGCUGUGGCGCAACACCUUGAAUAGCGAUGCAGGAGCGGGGUCCAAGCAAUACCGGGACCUUCGCACUGAAGACGUGGAUCUUCCUCAGGUGGCUGCAACGUGCGAGCCGCUUGGGCUCAUCGAAGCGGAGCUCGCCGCGCAGAUUAGGGAUGCUAGCAACGUUUUCCCGGGGACUGCCAACGUACAACCGCCACCUAGGGCCACUGCUGGCAUUUUUGCUGCUGAAAAGACAAAUGGACGGCAGCGAAAGAUCUGGGAUGGUUCGAGUGUUUCUGCUUUGGCAAAGGACCCUCCAAAACCGAGGAGACUGGCCAAUCCUUCUUGUUUCUUGGAGCUGGAGGUGAAGCCAGGUGAGGACUUGCUGUUCUCCAAGCGUGACGCCUGCACCUUUUUCGAUGUCUUGAAGGUGCCCGCUGAGCUACAACCUUGGCUGGCGCAGCCUCCUGUCAGAGUACACGAGCUCUUGGAUGCUGGCAUGACGUGGGAAGACGUUCUCACAUUCUGCGAUGAUGGUGGGGAGUCUGGGAGCAUUUCUUCAAGCAGCUGGCUGUACCCUACGCGCGUGGUGUGGCCAAUGGGUUUUUCUUGGUCGUCAGCUGUGGCUCAAAGCACCACUGUUGCCACUUGCCUGGGGGCAGGUAUUCAGGAGUCAUGCAUUCUGAGUCCUGACCACGACCCUCCUGCCGAUCAACAAGAGCUGGUUAUGGUGGCCACUGACGACACUGUUCUCUUCCACCGCAGCGUGCAACGCGGGGAAAGAACUUUGACCCGACUGGAUGAUGCUUUCGCGAGGAAUGGGAUCCCUCGUAAUCGUCGAAAGGACGUCACUCUGGCUGACAGCAUCACUGCUCUUGACUGCGAACUGAGAAACAACCCUCCUGUUGCUGAGCCUGCUGAAGGUCGCCUGGGCGAUGCAGUCUGCAGAACAUUGGACUUGUUGCACGGUGGUGUAGCUAGCCCAAGAAGUGUGCACAGUCUCCUAGGCAUAUGGGAAUGGUUUGCGCUUCUCCAACGGGGCUUCUUCAGUAUCUACAGCGAUGUGUAUUCUUUUGUGCAGCUUACACCUGAACUGGACACCCGACAUGUGCCAUCCGGGGUUCUGAAUGAGUUCCUCACUACUCUGCUUCUCUCACCGUUGCUUGCUGCUGGCCUGGACCGAUUGCCUCUCGCAACGCUUAUUGCCACAGAUGCUUGCCCAGAGUAUGGUUUUGGCGUUUGCCGGAGUGUGUGUGCGUCUUCCGAGGCCGCUGAUGUCUGCAGAAUGGCAGAACGCAGGGGCGAUUUCGUGCGACUCACGCCUUGUCCGGAAGAUCCGGUGGAGCUCAGGCGUGAUGGGAAGCCAAGGCUACUAAAGCUGACGCAGCGAGACUUCGCAACUGUGGUUUCCUCACGAGCCAAGUGGAAAUCACAUGCUGGAGUGUUAGAAGUACAUGGCUACUUGUUGGGCUUGAAGUGGGUUACGCGCAAUCCCAAAAGACAUCAUCACAAGGUGGCGUUUUUGGUGGAUGCCAAGGCCGUGGUAGGGGCAGCGUCCAAGGGGCGCAGUUCUGCCCACGCUUUUCUCAAAGUCCUUCGGAGUGCAGCUGCCUAUACCCUCGGCGCAGACAUCUUGCCAAGGAUCGUGUACAUCCCCAGCGAGUCAAACCCUGCAGAUGGGCCUUCGCGUGGCAAGCGCAGAAGACGCGCUGCCAACAGAAGUGCUCGCAAGCCAAGAACGAAACCCAAGGUUUUCUAA